CACAUAUAGUCUAUUUCAUAUGCUAUUCCUCUCAGAGAGCCCCACUCACAGGGCUUGGAGAGAGGCAUCUUUGCCAGCCAGGUCCUAGUUAAGGGAAACAUGGCGAGACCAGCUAUAUCUAUGAUGCUGAUGCUCUCAAUUAUCCUUCCUCAAGCCUGUGCUGCGCUUGCUGCUAUGACAACAGCUUUAGGGGUCAUAGAAGACAAAUCAGCUGUGAGCCCACAGACAGAGACAGCACCCCAGCCCUGGGAGAGGUACCGCCUGCCGGACACUCUAUCUCCGGUCCACUACAACAUCACUCUCUGGCCUCGUCUGACGAAGAACGAGCACGGUCUGUACGUCUUCACUGGACACUCUACUGUGGACUUUGAGUGCGUGAAGGAGACAGACCUGAUCCUCAUUCACUCCAGCAAACUCAACUUGAUCAAGUCCAGCGGGCAUCACGCAACUCUGACUGGACUUGGUGGUGCAGUUGCACCAACUAUCAAGACCACAUGGCUCCAGGAGACAACAGAGUACCUGGUCAUCCAGCUCAACAGCAAACUAGAGCCAGGAAAGUCUUACCAACUCUACUCCAGCUUUCAGGGAGAGCUGACAGAGGACCUGAAUGGGUUUUAUAGAAGUCAUUACAGCGAGGGUACAGAAUCCAAAGUGGUCGCUGCAUCCCACCUGCAGCCUACGGACGCCAGAGAGGUGUUCCCCUGCUUCGACGAGCCCGCACUGAAAGCCGUUUUCCACGUCGCUAUCAUACACGAUCAUGGGGCCAGUGCUCUGUCCAACAGCAUGGAGACAGAUGUGGUUAACAUAACAAUUGAUGGACAUGAUGUUUCUCAAACCACCUUUAAACCAACAAAACUGAUGUCAACCUAUCUGGUGGCUUUUGUUGUUUGUGACUAUUCACACAUUAAGACCCAUGAAAUUCCUGAUGUUUUGAUUCGCCUGUGGGCAAAAAGAGAGCUCCUGGUUGGUCGCUAUGGAGAUUAUGCUCUCAAUAUCACAGUCCCUCUCCUCACUAGGCUGGAGGCCAUGUUUGAUAUCACUUUCCCUCUGGACAAGUAUGACCAGGUGGCUUUGCCAGACUACAGUGCUUACCCCAUGGAGAACUGGGGCCUGGUCACCUACAGAGAGGUGGUGCUCUGGUACGACCCUAAGCUCUCUCCCCACAAAGACAGAGAGUGGGUGACCAUCACUGUGGCCCAUGAGCUGGCCCAUACGUGGUUUGGAAACCUUGUGACGUUAAAGUGGUGGAAUGACCUGUGGCUGAACGAGGCCUUUGCCUCCUACAUGUCCUAUGUGGUGUCCAAUCAAGUAAAGCCAGAUAUGAACCUGAUGGACAUGAUGCUGCUCAUUUACCCCAAAGAGAUCAUGGGACAGGAUGCCCAGACCGACUCACUUCCUCUGUCCUGCCCCGAGGAGGAGGUGAAGACGCCAGAGGACAUCGGACUGAUGUUUACGCAAAUCACAUACAGCAAGGGGGUUCUGGUGCUGCACAUGCUGUCUAACUUCCUGACUGAGACUGUGUUUCUCCAGGGCCUCAGGACCUACCUUAAGCAGUUUUCUUUCAGCAGUGUAACACCUGCCAACCUCUGGCACCAUCUGCAAAAUGCUGUGGAUGGCUCUCCUGAAGUGAAGCUUCCUGCAUCGGUGGGUGACAUCAUGAACCGCUGGAUCCUUCAGAUGGGGUAUCCUGUGGUUACCAUAGACACCACAACAGGAACCAUCAGCCAACGGCACUUCCUCCUUGACCCCAAUGCUGUGGUGCAAAGGCCGUCCUUUUACAAGUAUGAGUGGAUUGUUCCUAUAACAUGGAUGAAGAGUGGCAUAGAGCAGAAUAAAGUCUGGCUCAUACAUAAAUCAGACGUGUGUGAAGCCAUGAAAACGGAUAGAGAGUGGGUGCUGGCCAACCUCAACAUGUCUGGGUACUUCCGGGUCAACUACGACCUGGAGAACUGGCACCGUCUCAUCACCCAGCUCGGUGCCAACCAUGAGGAGAUCCCAGCAGUGAGCCGAGCUCGGAUUAUUGAUGAUGCCUUUAACCUGGCAAGGGCAAAGGUGAUCAGCACAACCUUGGCUCUGAGGACGACUAAGUACCUGAGGAGGGAGAGAGAGCUCUUACCCUGGGAGGCAGCCCUGGACAACCUGGAGUACUUUUUCCACAUGUUCCAGCGCAGUGCUGUGUACUCCCCAAUGCAGGUGUAUCUUAAAAAACAGGUCCAGCCACUCUUCAGACACUUUAAGAAUAUUACUUCAAACUGGACAGACAUACCAUCAAAACAUACAGACAAAUAUACCCAGGCCAAUGUGAUCUCCCUGGCAUGUGAGGUGGGACUGGAGGAGUGCAGGCAGUUAGUCACAGCCUGGUAUGGAGAGUGGAUGAGCAACCCAGACAUUAACCCGAUCCCUCCCCACCUGAAGCAGAAGGUGUACUGUGCAGCUCUGUCUGAGGGUGGCCUCCGAGAGUGGGACUUCUGUUGGCAGGAGUUCAACCUCAGAGCCGAUGCCACUGAGCAUGCCCACAGCGACAUGCGCAGAUCCCUCGCUUGUACCCGUGUGCCCAGGCUGCUGCACAGGUACGUUCGAUACAUGAUGGAUCCGAAUAAGAACCAGAUGCUGGACAUAGCUGAGACCACAUCAUACGUUGCCAGUAAUGUGGUGGGCGAACCUGUCGCUUGGAACUUUGUAGUAACAAAAUGGGAUGACAUCAGUUACAGUUAUGGUCCAGAGUCAAAUGAACUAGCAGAUCUUAUUCUCAAAGUCACAAAGAGAUUCUCCUCCAAAGAGAAGGUUGAUGAGUUGCAGAGCUUCAGAAAGGUCCUGUCCCAGGCUGGACUUGACUCUGCGGUGAGGGCGGUGGAGAAGGCCAUCCAGAGAACAGAGGACAACAUCAGAUGGGUUGCAGAGAACCUGGAGCAGGUCCAAGAGUGGUUCUCAAGAGAGGGAACGCUCAGAGGAGAGAAUGGACUUGAAUGACCACGUGGUGUAGAAACAGUACCACUUUCUAGAAGAAAAAAAAACCCUGGGUAGAGUGAACGGAUGAACCUUGUUGACUAGCACAUAUGCAUGGAUGAAUCUGAUUGACUGAAUGAAUUUGAAUGGCUGAAACAUAUUUGAAUUUAUAACGGAAACAUGGAUGACCCUGGGAUGGCUGUAGUGGAAUGACAGGGUGAAUUGAGAUGGCUUAAGGGAAUGACUGGAUGGAUCUGGAAUACUGAGGUGAAUGACCUGAUCAUUUCAAUGUGGGAGAGAGGAAUAACUGAAUGAAUCUGGAUGAGUGAAUGCAUUGUAAUAACUGGAUGAAUGUGAAUGACUGAAUGAACCGCUGUGUGUUUGAGUGGAAUAACUGGAUGAAUGUCAAUGAUUAAAUGAACCGCUGUGUGUGUGAGUGGAUGGAUCUGUGUGGCAGAGCUUAUAUAACUGGUAUCUGAGCUCCAGCUCCUUAUCUAAUCAGCAAGGCUGUGCUUUAGUCACUGGAUUCAUCACCAUAUAACUUUCCAAAACCUGCUUUAUCAUAUGCUGCGGCUUGUUGUUGUACUUCUGAAAUUUUAAAUAACUCCUAGCAGUACUAGACCAAGCCAAGUAUUCUAUCCAAGUGCUAUCCUUAUCCUUAAUUGUUACUGAAUAGAUUGCUUGAAUGGUUUACUUUUUAUUUUUACUCUUAGUUGUAUUGUACAUCAAUAUAAACCUUGAUGAUUAGAAUAUAACAAAUACUUUCUAAAGACUUUUGUAAACAGAGGUAUUUUGCAGUAUUGUUGAAUAAACAUAUUUAUGCCUUUCUCCAUACACUAUACAAGAUGGAUUCACAGACAAGUCAGUCUCAUUUCAUCAUAUUCUGGGCCAGAAACUAACCUGAACAAGGACUCUCCUCCUGACAUAAACAAGAUACUAAAAACAUAUUUUAAAUACCAAUAAAAUAUGUUCAUUUCCUUUUACCAGUUAUCUGUACAAUAAAAACCUUUGUUGCUUCA